GCCGCAUGACUGACCAGAAUGCCCACGACGAACCUAUACAAAAAAAAUAAUGGAGCAACCAAGCCAGUGUGGGCAGACUGGGAGUGACAACUGUUUAUAAGAGGAGCAACCCUGGCGCCAGUUUUAGCGAUCACUAGCUCUGCCUUCUCCACUUUCACUUAAGAGCUCAGCAAAAUGGUUCUUGGAGCGUUGGCGACUGCAGUCGCCUCGAUGCAAUUGCAAUGGAGCCUCCUCCUCAUCUACGGUCUCCUGGGCGGUCUGCUCCUGUGGAAGGCCGGCCGGCUGCUCGAGCGGCUGUGGUGCGAGCCGCGGCGGCUCGAGCGGGCGCUGCGCGCGCAGGGCCUCCGGGGCACCUCGUACCGCUUCCUCACCGGUGACCUCAAGGAGUACCGCCGGUUCAACAAGGAGGCCGCCGCGUCCAAGCCUUUGCCGCUGCGGUGCCACGACAUCGCCGGCCAUGUCGCGCCGUUUGUCCACGGCGCCGUCCUCGAACACGGCAAGACGUGCUUCUCGUGGUUCGGCCCGAUCCCCAGAGUGACCGUCACCGACCCGGACCUCGCAAGGGACGUGAUGUCCAACAAGUUUGGCCACUUCGAGAAGCCCAAGUUCCCGGCGUUGAGCAAGCUGUUCGCCGAUGGCGUAGCCAACUACGAGGGCGAGAAGUGGGUCAAGCACAGGAGGAUCCUCAACCCUGCGUUCCACCUCGAGAAGCUCAAGCUCAUGCUGCCGGCGUUUUCUGCGUGUUGUGAAGAGCUUGUAGGCCGAUGGGUUCAGUCACUUGGUUCUGACGGCUCGUGCGAGCUGAACGUGGACCCGGAACUUCAGACCCUCACCGGAGAUGUCAUCUCUCGCACCGCAUUCGGCAGCAGCUACCUUGAAGGGAGAAAGAUUUUCCAGCUACAGGCCGAGCAAGCAGAGCGCCUCAUGUCCAUCAUGGACAAGUUUGCCGUUCCGGGAUACAUGUCCUUGCCUACCAAAAACAACCGAAGGAUGCGCCAAAUUAAGAACGAGAUCGAGUCAAUUCUUCUGGGUCUAAUUAGUAAAAGAAUGCAAGCUAUGAAAGAAGGUGAAAGCGCCAAAGAUGACUUGCUGGGCUUACUGCUCGAGUCAAACAUGAGAGAGACAGGCGAGAACGGCCAGUCCAGCCAAGGAAUGACGAUUGAAGAUGUCAUGGAGGAGUGUAAGCUGUUCUACUUUGCAGGAAUGGAGACGACAUCAGUGCUGCUUACAUGGACGAUGAUCCUACUAAGCAUGCACCCAGAAUGGCAGGACCGUGCAAGGGAGGAAGUCCUUGCCCUGUUUGGGAAGAACCAACCGGGAUACGACGGCCUCAGUCGCCUCAAAACAGUGACCAUGAUUCUCUACGAGGUUCUCCGGCUGUACCCGCCGGCCAUCGCGUUCAGCAGGAAAACAUACAAGGAGAUGGUGAUCGGGGAUGUCACAUACCCCGCCGGCGUGAUCGUGGAGCUCCCCGUGAUGUUCAUCCACCACGACGCCGACAUCUGGGGAAGCGAUGUGCACGAGUUCAGGCCAGAGAGGUUCGCCGAGGGGAUCGCCAAGGCGUCCAAGGAUAGGCUAGCGUUCUUCCCGUUCGGCUGGGGGCCGCGGAUUUGCAUCGGCCAGAACUUUGCUCUUCUAGAGGCUAAGAUGGCGCUGAGCAUGAUCCUGCAGCGCUUUCAGUUUGAGCUCGCGCCGACGUAUACUCAUGCGCCGCGCCAAGUCAUAAUGCUGCGCCCGAUGCACGGUGCUCAGAUCAAGCUCAGAGCAAUAUGAUGCUGGCCUGUAUUGGACCUUUUUAUGUUUUUUUUUUGGCGUUCUUUCAUCAGAGCCCAAUAGUGUUGUGUAGUAUUGGACCUUUUUAUGUUUUUUUUCUUGAUCAACGAUGAUGAAUAGUCGGUGUCCUUUCGUGUC